GGUACAGGUGCAGGUGGAGCUGCACAAACGAGCGUGCACACGCAUCGCACCGUGGCCAGAGCCCACAUCUCACAAUGGCAUCGGUUUGCUCUGCUCUCUGCCUCGCCGCGUUCCUUGCCGUGCUAGUGCUCGUAGCCGCUGCACAGACGACCAACCACACGGCCGGAGUGUCCAUGACGCCGCCCAACUACAUCACCAGCCCGUCCGGCGUCUUCGCGUUCGGCUUCCGCGCCCUCGACGCGUCCAACCCGGGAAAGUUCCUCCUGGCCACAUGGUUCCGCUCCCAGGACGAUGACGACAAUGGCGACGGCCAGGCCAGCAGCUCCUCCCAGCUGCAGUCCGUGGUCUGGUUCGCCAAGCAGUCGUCCACGGUCGCCCUCGCCACGCCGCAGUCCGUGCUCAGCGUCACCACCGACGGCCAGCUAGAGCUCACCGACAUCACCAACGGUGGCAACCAGGUGCUGUGGAGACCGCCGAUCGCCAACCUCAAGCGCGGGUCUCUGUUUGUGCUCCUCGACUCCGGCAAUCUCCAGUUCCUCGGCGACGGCGAUGUGCUGUGGGAGAGCUUCUCGCAACCCAGGGACACGCUGGUGCCGGGCCAGUCCUUGGCCCAGGGACAGCUCAUCUCCAGGCGCGCGGACACGGAGUUCACCACUGGCCGGUUCAGCAUGGACGUCCAAACGGACGGCAACGUCGUGCUCUAUGUCUAUGUCCCCCGCGGCAACACCGUGAGGGACGCCUACUGGCAGACCAACACUGACGGCUCCAACAGCAGCACCACGGUGACCUUCGACAACCAGGGCGGCCUCAACUACACUCUUCACAGCGGCGUCGUCCAGAGCUUAAUAUCCCCCAUGGCGGCCGACGCCGCCAGCAGGUCCUACAAGUUCGCCAGGAUGGACCCCGACGGCAUCGUCCGUGUCUACGUCCGUUCCAAGAACGGCGGCGGCAACAAUACGUCGUGGAUCGUCUCGGGGUCCUUCCCCACCGACGGCUGCGGGAAGAGGACGUUCGGGCUGCAGGGCAUGUGCGGCCCGGGGUCGUACUGCACGGAGCAGAAAGACCGGCUCCGCUGCAUGUGCCCAGCUAAUUACACGUACGCCGACCCGCAGCAUAUGGACACUGGCUGCACGCCGGAGUUCGUGCCGCAGAGCUGCGACGGGGAGAACAACACCGACGAGUACACGCUCGUUGAGCUGCCAAACACCACCUGGGAGACAUCCAUCUACUACAAGAAGUUCUGGUCAGUCACGGAGGACCAGUGCCGGAACUACUGCCUGAACGACUGCUACUGCGCCGCUGCGUUAAUGGUCGGAGGAACCGACUGCACGGAGGUGGCGGCGCUGACAAACGGACGGCAGGCGAGCGAUGUCACGACCAAGGCACUGAUUAAAGUACGGCGGAGCAGCAAUCGUCCUGCCGUUGCGGCGAGGACAAGAACCAUAGUAGUCGUCACAGUUUGCGUGGCCUUCGUGUUGCUGGCCAUUGCCGGCAGCUUCCUGGCACGGCACUACCUCGCUAAGAACAGAGAGAGCCAGGGCUUGUUGAGUGUGAGAGCUUUCAGCUGGAAGGAGCUUCAUAAAGCCACCAACGGAUUCGAGAAACUGCUGGGAAAAGGAAGCUUCGGCGAGGUGUACGAAGGAAAAUUGAAAUCUCCGCAGCCGCGCCUCAUCGCGGUGAAGAGGCUCAUCAACUCGAACGAGUACAGCGAGAGGGAGUUCAUCAAUGAGGUGCAGUCCAUCGGGCAGAUCCACCACCGGAACCUGGUCCGGAUGAUCGGGUACUGCAAAGAAGGGAAGCACCGGAUGCUGGUCUUGGAGUUCAUGCCGGGAGGGUCACUCCGUGGCUUCCUCUUCAAGCCCGAGAGGCCACCAUGGAGCUGGCGUGCCAAGGCCGCCCUCGGCAUCGCCAGAGGGAUCGAGUACCUCCACAACGGAUGCACUUCUCCCAUCAUCCACUGCGACAUCAAGCCAGACAACAUACUGCUCGACAACAUGAACGCUCCCAAGAUAACCGACUUUGGGAUCUCCAAGUUCCUCGGCGACCAGCAGGUGCACACCACAGUGACCAACAUCAGGGGCACCAGGGGAUACAUUGCCCCUGAGUGGUUCCGGAGCGAGGCACGCAUCGACACCAAAGCAGACGUGUAUAGCUUCGGCGUCGUGCUGCUGGAGAUGAUAUGCUGCCGGAAGUGCCAAGAUCCGUUUUUCGACCAGGAUGGGGGCCAGACGGUCACCUUAUUUGGGUGGGCAGGCCAGUUGGUCAGCAACCAUAAGACUGAGCUUAUACUGCAUCAGGACGACGACGCCAUGGCAGACUUGGAGAGGGUCGAGAGGUUUGCGCGCGUGGCGUUCUGGUGCAUCGACCCAAAUCCAUCACUCCGGCCGACGAUGCACCAAGUGGUGCAGAUACUGGAGACCGUGGUGGUCGAGCCUGAGGUGCUUCCUGACCCUCCCGCUUGCUACAUGGACUCGGCAUCUCUAGUCAUGUCUUCUGUCUAGAUUGAAUGGCAUUCUCUAUGUAAGAAAGCAGUACAUGUUUAAUUUCCCAAGUUUUUCCCGCAAACAAAUGUUAAUUUCUAUCCUUCAA